AUGACAAUGAAGCCCCCCAGUGGAAAGUUUCCUGUCAUCAAAAUCUGUGUUCUACUAUUCAUUGUCAUCUUGUAUGCAGAAAGUUUCAACUUCUUUUCUUCUAGUUCCAUUUUUAAUCCCAAACCUUGUCCUAAAAAUAGUACCAAGCCUGAAUCCAUGAUGUCUGAUGUUGUGGUUUGUCCAAAAGAUGAUAAAAAGACACAAGAGAUGGUUCCUAUUCCUAAUGCUGCAUGGUUUAACGAUGGAUUUGUUUAUGACCCUGAGGAGUGCGAUUUUACCAAUGGAAAAUGGGUGUUUAACAGUUCAAUAAAGCCUCUGUAUUCAGACAAAAGUUGCCCUUAUAUAAGUAGGCCUUAUUCUUGUGUCAAGAAUGGGAGGGUAGAUUCUGACUACCACUAUUGGGAAUGGCACCCAGAAGAUUGCACCUUGCCCAAGUUUAAUCCAGAGGUAGCUCUCAAGAAGCUUCAAGGAAGGAGGCUGCUAUUUGUAGGGGAUUCACUGCAAAAAAGCCAAUGGGAAUCCUUUGUGUGUAUGGUUGAAGGGAUCAUACCCCAAAAGCACAAGUCAAUGAAACGAGGGACUCAUUCAGUUUUCAAAGCCAAGGAAUACAAUGCUACCAUAGAAUUCUAUUGGGCACCAAUGCUUGUGGAGUCCAACACUGAGUUCUUUAGCAUAAGGGAUCCCAAGAAGCAGAUAGUGAAAGUUGAUUCGAUCAUGGAUCGUGCCAGAAACUGGACGGGAGUGGAUAUCCUUGUUUUCAAUUCCUAUGUAUGGUGGAUGAGUGAUAUUAAGGUUAAAGCACUAUGGGGUUCAUUUGGCAAUGGAGAAGAAGGGUAUGAAGAAUUGGACAAUCAAAUUGCUUACAACUUAGGUCUAAGGACAUGGGCCAACUGGGUUGACUCAACCAUUGAUCCAAACAAAACCCGGGUUUUCUUCACAACCAUGUCCCCAACACACACAAGAAGUGCAGACUGGGGCAACAAAGAUGGUGUCAAGUGUUUCAAUGAGACAAAGCCAAUAGGGAAAAAGAACCACUGGGGAAGUGGCUCCAACAAGGGCAUGUUGAGGGUGGUGGAAAAAGUGGUGAAGAGAAUGAAAGUGGCAGUGAAAUUUAUCAACAUAACACAGAUCUCAGAGUACAGGAUUGAUGCUCAUUCCUCUGUUUACACUGAAACUGGGGGAAAAUUACUGACUCAGGAGGAAAAGGCUAAUCCAAGAAAUGCUGAUUGCAUCCAUUGUUUCUUCAACUAA